UGAAAGGCAUUGUGGGAGUUCCGUUUCACAGCGCUGUCACGGCGGGAAGUUGGAAGCUUCUGGUUCUGUCCGAGUCUAGUUUUAACUGCACCGAGGGUCCAAUAGCUCUGUCUGUCCCGCUCCGGUUCUAAAUCGGUCCCGCACUGGGGCCUGCACGGCGCGGAUUAGACCGGACCCAGGCAGAGGCUGUUUGUAAACAGUAGGUGGCGCUGGAGGCUGCAAACCAUGAAGCAGGUGAAGCUGUCACGGCUCUUGAGCUCCUCCAGCGGGAGAGAGAGUGUGGAAGCAUCACAACCUUCUCCUCACAGCUGGACCACGCCCUUAAAGGAGGACUCCCUGUGGGGAAGGUGACAGAAAUCUGUGGAGCUCCAGGAGUCGGGAAAACACAUCUGUGCCUGCAGCUGUCUGUGGACAUCCAGAUCCCUCGGAGCUUCGGGGGUCUGGAGGCUCAGGUGAUCUUCAUGGACACAGAGGGAAGCUUUGUUCUUCAGAGAGUUGUGGACAUUGCAGCUGCCGUUGUCAGACAUUUCUCGCUUUUGGCUGUGGACGGCGAGCAGAAAGACACCAUGCAGACCUUCAACAUGGAGUCCAUUUUGUCCAACAUUUUCCUGGUGCGUUGCCAUGAUUACGUGGAGCUGCAGGCUGAGCUCCUCCUGCUGCCAGACUUCCUGCGAGACAAGCCAAGGGUACGUCUCCUUGUCAUUGACAGCGUGGCCUUCCCCUUCCGGCAGCACCUUGAUGACUUGUCGCAAAGGACACGGCUACUCCAAGGUCUUGCCCAGCAGGUCAUCUCCAUGGCAACACGUCACAACAUCGCUGUGGUAAUCACCAAUCAGAUGACAACCAGGCUGCAGGACAGCCAAUCACAUCUGGUACCAGCCCUUGGGGAGAUCUGGGGCCAUGCCUCCACCACCAGGAUCAUUCUGCAGUGGGAGGGGUCACAGCAAGUGGCGGCCAUUGUUAAAUCUCCCUGUUGCAUCGACACGGCCAUUCAAUACCAGAUCACCUCUGAGGGUUUCAGAGACGCGAACCAACCAGAGAUCACUCUGACCAACCGAAGAUAACUCUGAUCAACCAGAGAUCACUCUGACCAACCGAAGAUAACUCUGAUCAACCAGAGAUCACUCUGAUCAACCAGAGAUCACUCUGAUCAACCAGAGAUCACUCUGAUCAACCAGAGAUCACUCUGAUCAACCAGAGAUCACUCUGAUCAACCAGAGAUCACUCUGAUCAACCAGAGAUCACUCUGACCAACCGAAGAUAACUCUGAUCAACCAGAGAUCACUCUGAUCAACCAGAGAUCACUCUGAUCAACCAGAGAUCACUCUGAUCAACCAGAGAUCACUCUGACCAACCAGAGAUCACUCUGACCAACCAGAGAUCACUCUGACCAACCAGAGAUCACUCUGACCAACCAAAGAUCACUCUGACCAACCAGAGAUCACUCUGACCAACCAGAGAUCCCUCUGAUCAACCAGAGAUCACUCUGAUGAUCACAUCCUUAAACCACACAGACUAUCCAUCAGGCUCAGAAAGUCUGUAGUCAAUCAGAAGUUGGUCUUUCAAAUUUCUGUUGUUGCAUUGACCUGCUGAAGCUUCACAGGGUGCUAACGUGAUCUCAGGUGUGUCUCAGGUGUUCUCUGUUGUUGGUCAAAUGUGUCAGAAAUAUGGGUCAGUCACAAUCAAACCUGUAAAAAUGUUGGACUUUGGUGGAUUUCCUAAAUAAAAAGCUUCUGCCUUCA